GACUAAUAUCGGUCAAUUCAACACACGUUUCGAUAACCUCUUGUCGGUACCUCGCCUUUAUUUACAUGUGUUUCUGUUUAAGACACGGGAUACACGGGGCAAAUAUAUUUUCGAUUUACAUGUUAGAAACUGUGAAUAAGUUUUAACUUUGGUCUAGACAUGAUUUGUCAAUUAGUAAUUUAUUUAGCUCUUUUUGUUGGUCAACUUCGUGCCGAAUACGAUUGCUUGUGCAAUUAUAACGUUGAGAAAGGCGUCUACCCUACGGCAUCAGAUAAAAGUAAGCCAAUGGCAUAUCUUUAUGAAUUUGACUGCAAACCUGUAGUGAGACUAACACCUACAACCUCUGACUGGGCCGAGAUUGCAAUUGAGCAUAAGAUAGGUUAUGUUUUGAAAGACCCUCAGAUCAAAGUGCAGGUCUGUCCCGGCGAGGUAUCCUCUGAGGAUAAAUUGACAACAGUAUCUGUUCCUGUCGGCCAGACAUCUCUCACUACAUUAGCUGAAACAACAUCUUACAUUGUGGAAACUUCACAAACUACCUCCACAGUACCUACUACACGCACCUCAAUAUCAACGAAUAUCAAUGUGUUUUCAACAACACCAGUACCAACAACAUCAACAACUAAUCCAACAACAUCAGCAACUCAAGUGUCAUCAUCGCUCCCGACAUCCACAGCCUCAACAUCGAAUGUACCAACUAGCCAGACACCCGAUAUCGUCACUACACUAUUUACAACUGCACAACUAUCACAGACUCCAGGAUUAACUACAGGUAGCACUUUGGUGUGCCCAACGGUCGUCCAGCAAAGUGCUCCGCAAGAAACUGGCACGCUGUUUAUCAAUUAUGAUGACCGAAAAUGUUAUGAAAUGAUUACAACCCGCCAUACUUGGGAGUAUGCUGAGAAGGAUUGCAAAUUGAAAGGAGGUCAUUUGGCUACUAUAGGAGAUUCUCGCGACGAGGACUUGGUUUAUAAAUAUAUCAAGUCAUAUGGACAUGCAACCUGGAUAGGCCUUCAUGAUAUGAACACAGAAGAAAGUUUUGAGUGGGCAUCUGGAGAACCUGUAGUAUAUCUGAACUGGCAUGCUGGUAGGAAAAAUUUGUUUUUACAUGGGAUAGAAGACUGUGUGGCAAUGGGACCACUAACUGGUACGUGGGAAGAUAUGGACUGCCUUGACAGAUAUGCCUAUAUUUGCGAAUAUGAUGCGGUAUAUGGCAGCAAUGAUACAAGUGUGCAGGUCUCUACUCCGUCUCAAACCGGAACAUAUACAACCGGGAAUACAAUGAUGUGCCCGUCACCAGUAAGAUCAGCUGCAUUGAACGACAAUGCCGAACUAGGUCAGUACGGGAGAAGUUGCUACGAACUGAUAUCACGUACCCGGGUAAGUUGGGAGCAUGGCGAAAAUAUGUGUAGAAAUCGAGGUGGCCAUCUAGCACAUAUAAAUAACGCAGAUGAGCAAGGUUUUGUCCAGUAUUUUAUGAACCGUUAUUCUCCACAACACGCUAUAUGGAUUGGUCUUCACGACACCAAAGUUGAGGGACAGUUUGAAUGGUCAUCAGGUAACACUGUGAGUUUUACAAACUGGGUUCCUGGACACAAGAGCAACUUUCAAAGUUCUCACACAGAGGACUGUGUUGCAUUCAUACCUUACAAGAACGGUCAGUGGGACGACAUUCCAUGUGGAAAUAAUCUGAUACUUUUUGGAGAUUUAGGAGAAACACACCCUAUCUUAUGUCAGUAUGAAACUAUGGGCGGUGACUUCGCUAUUAUAGUUUUCACUAUAGUAUGCACAUUUUUCCGACCGACGUUGGGUGAUUACUCGUGUAUAUGUAAUUACAAUGUUGAAAAGGCAAUCUUCUCAUCGAAAUCGGAGCAAGGUCAGCCGAUUGGCUACAUGUACGAGUUUGACUGUAAAGCACAGCAAGGCACAGAGGACGGUGAUUGGUUAAGAAUCGCGUUUGAGCACCAAGUAGGGUACAUCAGAAAAGAUGGACAGAUUAUGGUGCAAGUAUGUGCCGGAAGCCCUCCUGACGAAGAUAUUGUCACAACUACACCAGCACCACUGACAACAACGUUAUUGAUAACAUCUACCACGACAGAACCAACAUCACAAGCUAUGUCAACUGAUUCUACAAUAAUCACCACUGAAGUAUCAACAAAGCUAUCAACAGCCACAACAGCACAACAAACUAUACCAUCCUCAACAACCACAACCACAGAACCAACCACAGCUUCUAUCACAAAACAAACAAUAAUUUCUACCACACGACCUAUCACAGCUUCAGCAACACGACCAACCACAACUAUUACACAACCAACCGCAGCUUCAACAACACAACCAGCCACACAUUCUACAACAAAACCAACCACAGAUUCUACCACACAACCGACCACAGUUUCUACAACACAACCAAUUACAGCUACUACCACACAAUCAACCACAGCUUCUACCACACAACCAACCACAGCUACUUCCACACAACCAAAUACAGCUUCUACUACACAACCAACCACAUAUACAUUCAAGCCUAUACAAACAACUCGAGGUACUGUGUUGUCAUGCCAUGAUUUACUGAGUGACACUGUGACCAAGGAUAAUGGGACUCUGUUUGCAUUCGGAGAGAAAUGCCUUGAGCUCCUGCGCAUUCAUACAACGUGGGUCAAUGCGGAAUUAGAAUGUAGAAGGAAAGGUGGUCACCUUAUAUCAAUUGCUGACUCCAAUGAACAGAGGGUGAUAUACCAAGUGAUUAAUACAUACUAUCAUGAGGCUGUGUGGAUAGGUUUACAUGAUAUGCACCAUGAGGAGAAAUUCGAGUGGACCUCAGGAAAGUCUGUUGUUUACACUAAUUGGUACCCUGGAAGGAAAGACCCGACUCUCCACUGGACAGAGGAUUGUGUUGCUAUGGCAUUGGACAAGUACUCCGGACGCUGGGAAGAUCGCAGCUGUAAGGAGACAAGAGGAUUUAUCUGCCAAUUUGAAAAGCACAAAGUGAGCCCACCAUCUUUUAUAGGAUGAUUGUAGAGUUUCUGGUUUCGCAGGGAACAAAAUGAAAUGUCUCAAGUAUUAUAAUGAAUUUCAAAUAAAUAAUAUAGAAUAGAAAA